CAGGAGGCUGACUGGCUGCAGCAGUGAGCUGGCAGCAGCCCGGGCAGGGGCGGCGUGGCCUGCAGGAGGCAGGCACGGAGGGAUGGAUUUGGAGGCAGACCGACCAUACGUCCCUCAGGGGACGCUGGAGACAGACUUCCCGACCCCGUUGUACAGUGACGAGUACCUCGCGCUGCACGGGCCCCGCAACGCCCCCGUCCUGAAGCAGGCCGUGCGCUGGAAGUGCACCCCCAUGGGCCGAGACGCCAUCCCCCAGACCUGGUACACGGGGCUGAGCAACAGCGACAACCGAGACGCCUGGUACACGCUCAGCAGCGGCCUGAGCCGCGAGGCCUCCCACCGCUGGGCCUGCUCCCAUGCCGAGAGGGAGCGGAAGACCUUGCCCCCUGCCUAUGGCCAGCACCUGCGGGAGGUGUCGUGGUUUGACCCCGUGGUCCCUGCUCAGUACCUGGAGCCCAGUACCAGGUGGGGGGCCUUCCGGUGGCAAGACAGACCCGUCCUAGGAAAGGAGCAUGUUGUCAACCGCAACCGCGCCAGCAGUGAGCUGAAGGGCCGCGCUGGCUACGUCCCCUACCUGGCUGCCCACACGCCCGCCUGCACCACCAGGGACCUCCGCACCUGGACGCUCUUCAGCCACCAGCCGUCCACCCACCAGUAAACGCUGCUGUGCCCCAGGCUGCCUCCGUGGGGGCUGGGGGGGGGGGAGC